AUGUCAGACCAGCAAGACAGCCGCCCGGCGAAGCAGCGGCGAAUCCACGGGACACCACUGCUUGGGCAGACAAGCCCUGGGGAGGAUGACGAAGACUCUUCGAGUUCCUCUUCAUCCUCGUCCGUACAGCUGCCGACGACUCGCCUUUCUCACCGGCCGCUGAAGGGCACCAACUUACCACUUAUGGAGAGUUCUUCUAGUGACGAAGAAGAAAUAGACGACGAGGACGAGGACGACAACGAGACGACAUCGUCUUCAGAUUCUGACGAUUCAGACAGCGAGGAGAUGUCAGAGGAAGAAGAAGACGAAGAAGAGGGUGAGGAUGUCGAGGACGGUCAAACCGCACGUUGCGCCGUGCCACCCAGUCGAGAGUCGGACCUCAAAUCUCGAUUGCAGUCAUUCCUGCCGCAGCUUCAGCAAGCAAAUAAGGAACUCGAGAACUCGAAAGAAGUAGCGGACAAACGGAUUGACCAUGUGUCGGACGAUGCCGAGCACUACAUCGAGAUGGAGGUGGGUUUGGGUGUCUUGUCUGAGCAGGACGACGGUGCCACUCAAAUACGACUUCCGCAUUUACCCUCCAGCGACGAGGAGGACAAUGCCGAGGAUGACGAGAUUAAUGAUGGGCAAGACGGUAUGGGAAACAGUGUGUUGUCUCGAUUACUUGGUGCGAACGGGACAAAGGGGAUCAAGCGAAAAAUCGAGGAACUGUGA